AUGUCAGCUGAGAAUGACACCAACUUCAACUCUGCAGUGUUCCUUCUCAGCGGGAUACCUGGACAGGAGGAUGUCUAUCUCUGGAUCUCUAUCCCCUUCUGUUUAAUGUAUGUUAUUUCAAUAGUAGGAAAUUCAAUCAUUCUGUUCAUUAUAAAAAUAGAUGCAAGCCUCCAUGAGCCCAUGUACAUUUUCCUUUCCAUGUUGGCUGUUACAGACCUUGGCUUAUCAAUAGUCACCAUACCGACGAUACUGGGCAUAUAUUUGUUCAACUCUAGGGAGAUCAGCCUCCAUGCCUGUUUUACCCAGCUGUUCUUCAUCCACUUGCUUGCAAAAUUUGAAUCCUCUGUGUUGUUGCUGAUGGCCUUUGACCGCUUCAUCGCAAUCUGUAACCCACUGAGAUAUGCUACCAUCUUAACUCCACAGAUAAUAGCCAAGAUGGGACUGGCAUUUAUGCUAAGAGGGGUGGUCGUUAUAUUCCCACUCCCUUUUCUCCUGAAACGGUUCCGAUACUGUCGAGACAAUGUCCUCUCCCAUUCCUACUGUGUGCACCAGGAGGUCAUGAAGAUGGCCUGUUCGGACAUCACAGUCAACAGUAUGUAUGGAUUGUGUACUACACUCUUAACAGUGGGGUUGGACUCGCUGCUCAUCUUCCUCUCAUAUGUGAUGAUCCUCAAAACAGUGCUGAACAUCGUGUCCAAAGUGGAGUGCCUCAGGACCCUGAACACCUGCAUCUCCCACCUCUGUUCCGUCCUGCUCUUCUACAUGCCAGAAAUUGGCCUGGCUGUGACACACAGAUUCGGGAACAGCUCUUCUCAUUUGCUUCAAAUGGUCCUGGGCUACUUCUACCUGCUUGUCCCACCCCUGAUCAAUCCAAUUGUGUACAGCGUGAAAAGCAAACACCUUCGUGAGAGGAUAAUCAGGGCAUUUGUGAAGUGGAGGGUCAGUUCAUCACUCGUCUCCAGGGCUGGACACACAGGAAACAAAAAACACAGCCACCUAUUCCAUGCUGGAUCCUCUUCCCCUGAGGUUCCUCCCUCUGUCAUAUCUCCAGGCCAGAAGCCAGAGUCAGGCUGCAGUACGAGCUGCCCAGAGAGCCAGAGCCACUGUGAGGCGCCCCAGACCCUCUACAUUUUACGCCCCCACCCAGGAUGUACAACUCAGGGAAAGUGGAGAGUCCAGGGUUCCCCACAGCAACCUGUGCUGCUGAGGCAGCUCUUACUAUGGCCCGAGUCUGGCUUGGCUGGGAGGUGGAGCAUCAGAGGAAGUGGAGGAGCAGGGGGCAGGGCUUAG